AUGGACGAGCUUUUCGAUGUCUUUGAUGACCAGCCUCGAACUGGCUUGAAGGACAAACCAAAGAAACCCGGGAAGGGCAGGAAAGAGAAGAAGGAUAGGAGCAAGAAGCGGAAUAUCAAUGGAGAUGUUAAGAAGCCCGCAGAGGAUCAGGAGCCCGACACGGAUAUGGUGGAUGGGGAAGCUGUCGCAGAGGAGGAUGAGCCAGAGAGCAACAGCUUGGUAGAGAAGAAAGAUGCCAAGAGACGUCGCAUGGAGCAGGAGGCAGAGCCAGUGGUCACCGAUACUUUCCAAACCGAGGCGUCAAGAGAGAUCGUUGCUUCAGCAGGACUCCAGGCAAAGGAUGAUGGGGCGUUGGUUCUUCAGCACAAUAUUCAGCAUCAAGUGUCUCUCCCGCCGGACUACGACUACAUUCCGAUCUCACAGCAUAAGUCGCCCGAGAAGCCAGCGCGCACCUGGCCCUUCGAGUUGGAUCCCUUCCAGAAAGUCUCUAUCGCCUCCAUAGAGAGAAAUGAGAGCGUGUUGGUAUCGGCGCAUACGAGUGCUGGCAAGACUGUGGUUGCAGAGUAUGCCAUUGCACAAUGUCUUAAGAACAACCAGAGAGUCAUCUAUACGAGUCCCAUCAAGGCAUUGAGCAACCAGAAAUACCGAGAGUUUGCCGCUGAGUUUGGAGACGUUGGACUUAUGACUGGUGAUGUCACAAUCAACCCUACGGCUACUUGCCUUGUCAUGACGACUGAGAUUUUGAGGUCUAUGCUUUAUCGAGGCUCGGAAAUCAUGCGCGAGGUUGCUUGGGUGGUCUUCGACGAGGUUCAUUACAUGAGAGACAAGACUCGGGGUGUGGUCUGGGAAGAAACCAUCAUUCUGUUACCGGAUAAGGUCAGAUAUGUCUUCUUGUCUGCCACUAUCCCCAAUGCUAUGCAAUUCGCCGAAUGGAUUACGAAGACACAUCAACAGCCUUGUCAUAUUGUGUACACCGAUUUCCGGCCAACACCCUUGCAGCAUUACUUCUUCCCGGCAGGAGCUGAUGGCAUUCAUUUAGUUGUGGACGAGCAAGGCAAUUUCCGCGAAGAAAAUUUCCAAAAAGCCAUGUCAACUAUUGAAGAGAAGAGGGGAGCGGAUCCAUCAGACCCCAAUGCCAAACAAAAAGGCAGAGGAAAGAAUAAGAAGACCAACACAGGUGGAAAUAAGGACACCAGCGACAUAUACAAGAUUGUCCGUAUGAUCAUGCUCAAACACUACAAUCCUGUCAUUGUCUUCAGCUUCAGCAAACGUGAUUGUGAGGCGUAUGCUUUGCAAAUGAGCACGAUGGCUUUCAAUGACGACUCGGAGAAGGCUAUGGUGCAGAAGGUAUUUGAUAGUGCAAUCGAGUCCCUGUCAGACGAGGAUAAGACUUUGCCACAAAUUCAACAUAUUCUUCCUUUACUUCGACGGGGUAUUGGAGUUCAUCAUUCUGGGCUUCUGCCGAUUCUAAAAGAGACCAUCGAGAUUUUGUUCCAAGAGAACUUGAUCAAGGUCUUGUUCGCCACGGAGACUUUCUCAAUUGGUUUGAAUAUGCCGGCCAAGACAGUUGUGUUCACAAGCGUUCAGAAAUUCGAUGGAGUCUCCAGCCGGUAUCUAACGCCUUCAGAGUUCAUUCAAAUGUCUGGGCGCGCUGGAAGAAGAGGUCUUGAUGACAGAGGUAUCGUCAUUAUGAUGAUCAACGACAAGAUGGAACCUGCAACUGCCAAGGAGAUCGUGCGGGGACAGCAAGAUAAUCUCAAUUCGGCAUUCUAUCUUGGCUACAACAUGAUUCUUAACUUAAUGCGAGUGGAAGGCAUAUCACCGGAGUUCAUGCUGGAGCACUGCUUCUACCAAUUCCAGCACACCGCUGGCGUUCCCAAACUUGACCGAGAGCUCGAAGAAUUGCAGGCGGAUCGCGAUGGUCUGGAGAUCGCCGAUGAGGCUACCAUAAAGGAUUAUUACGAUCUCCGGCAACAAAUCACUUCGUAUACCAAGGACAUGCGCGACGUCAUCAACCAUCCCAAUUACUGCCUGCAAUUCUUGCAACCUGGAAGAGUUGUCCACAUCAAACACCUCGAUCAUGAUUUCGGAUGGGGAGCGGUAGUAAAGUUCACGAAACGGCAAGCCCCUAGAGGAGAGCAGGAGAACUGGUCUCCACAAUCGUCAUACAUACUUGACGUCCUAUUAGUGGUGGCUGAAGACUCGUUUGUCGCUACGCAAACCUCCACGGAUCUGCCACCUGGAAUUCAUCCACCCCCCGAGGGAGAGAAAGGCAAGAUGGAAGUUGUUCCUGUCAUGCUCAACUGCAUUGAAGCUAUUGGCCAUGUCCGCAUAUUCCUACCCAAAGAUCUACGUCUGGUCGAGCAGCGAAAUGUGGUUCGGAAGUCCCUUGAAGAAGUCAAGCGUAGGUUCCCAGAUGGAAUUGCGACUUUGGAUCCCAUUGAAAAUAUGGGUAUCACGGAUGAUUCCUUCAAGAAACUUCUACGCAAGAUUGAAGUCCUCGAGUCUCGACUAUUGUCCAACCCGCUUCACAAUUCACCCCGUCUAGCUGAACUUUACAACCAAUAUGCGACGAAGAUGGAUAUUGGUCAAAAGAUCAAGGAGAAGAAGAAGGCGAUCACGGCCGCACAGAGCGUUAUGCAAUUGGACGAGCUCAAGUCACGCAAGCGAGUCCUCCGUCGUCUAGGCUUCAUUAAUGAUCAGGAGGUAGUACAACUCAAAGCACGUGUUGCCUGUGAGAUAUCAACAGGCGAUGGCCAUGAAUUGCUACUCUCUGAACUCCUCUUUAACCGGUUCUUCAACGAGCUCUCGCCCGAGAUGUGCGCCGCAGUCCUCUCUUGUUUCAUCUUCGAAGAGAAGAGCCAGGCGCCGGCUCUCAAGGAGGAACUAGCAAAACACUUCAAAGACAUCCAAGGCCAGGCUAGGAUCAUUGCCAAAGUCAGCCAAGAGAGCAAGUUGGAGGUCAACGAGCAAGAGUACGCAGAGGGCUUCAAAUGGCAACUUAUGGAUGUUGUAUUGGCUUGGGCCCAGGGAAAAUCCUUUGCGGAGAUCUGCAAAAUGACAGAUGUUUACGAAGGAUCCCUGAUCCGUCUCUUCCGCCGUCUAGAAGAGCUCCUCAGACAGAUGGCGCAAGCGGGCAAGGUCAUGGGCUCCGAUGACCUCUCCGCGAAAUUUGAGGAAUCGCUCAGCAAAAUCCGGAGAGAUAUCGUCGCGGCACAGAGUUUGUAUUUGUAG